GUUGUUGUUUUUGCGUAUCUGUGGAAUAUAUAUAUAUAUCCUAUUUCUCUGUUUAUUUUUCUGUGUGGAUAUUAUCAUACUGGAGGACACCAAGGUGGCGCUUGAAGGAGGCAUCCAAGCAUGGAGACACCACUGGAUGUUCUGUCAAGAGCCGCGUCAUUCGUUCACGCCAAUGAAGAAGAGAGUGAAGCAGCUUUGAGGGGGGACCCCAGACUCCAGUCGCUGUCUCUGUCCUCUUCUUCCUCAUCAUCCUCCUCUUCGUCCUCGUCCUCUUCAUCUUCCUCCUCCAUCUCCAACCACAGGACAGGUCCUCCUCCAAUCAGCCCCACCAAGAGGAAGCUGAGUGGGGACCAGGGGGACAGCGACAUGGACGACAACGAGCAUGUGGCGAAGAUGAGCCGGCUGUUUGCCACACAGCUGAAGCCUAAUGGAGACUACCGCAGCUCUCCCCUCUCUAAGGAUCGGAGCCGGAGCCCAAGCGAGCGUGUGGUGGUGCCCAGCGCUUUGGGAGUCCAUAGCAACCACCUGUACAGCCACACCCACCACCACCACCACCACCACCUUGCCAGCUUAGCUGGCAUGGACCAGCCGCUAGCGCUCACCAAAAACAGCAUGGUGGAAUCUGCACGCAGCAGCACAGCAGCUAUGGCCACAGUGCCACAUACAGUCAGCGCCGUGGAACGCCAGCAGAAUCGUCCUUCAGUGAUCACAUGCGCCCCGGCCAACAACCGCAACUGCAACCUGUCUCACUGUCCCGUCUCCCACAACGGCUGUGCAAGCCUCGCUAACAACUACAGGAGAAUCAACACCAACACAGCCUGUGACCCGGUGAUUGAGGAACAUUUCCGCCGCAGUCUUGGGAAGAACUACAAGGAGCCCGAGCCCAUCGCCACCAACUCUGUGUCCAUCACCGGCUCCGUGGACGACCACUUCGCCAAGGCACUGGGCGAGACCUGGCUGCAGAUUAAAAACAAGGGGAGUCCCUCGUCGUCGGGCAGCAGCCCAAACUCCUCCCCUGACAGUCACAUGGUCAAUCACAACCACUCCCCUUCUGUGGUCUCCUGAAGGAAGAAGGGUUUAAGAGAGAUUUUCCCUUCUUUCCCCGGCCCUCACAAUCCUCCCGGCUCUGACACCCACGCCCUCGUCACUUUGGUCUAUCACCAGCAUCCCAGAGGGAAUGCCUGCCUGCUGGUCUGCUAAAAAAAACAAAACAUGUAAAAACCCUCAAGCCUGUUCCUUCACUCUCUGUGUACUCAUAGAGGAUCAACGAAGCAAUAACAACAUGGUCGUCGUCGUCCCCCC